CGCCAAAAGACCUUUCAUCGCCGGCCGCCGCGUAUAUAAGACGGGCUCGAGGUCGGGUCAGCUACCAUUCACCUCCAAGCCACUGCAACGAUAAAGUGCUCUCUCUUUGUUCGGUCACUUCUUCGGUUAUAAAUUAAUCCGACGCGAUGCCUGCCACCACCACCGCCGCCACCGCCGCCGCCGUCGCCGAAAACAGCCUAAGGACCCUCGGCUUCGACCUCAAGAGCCUCCUCACCACCGCCAACCUCCAGACCUUCGGCAUCCUCGCGGUCAUUGUGCUCGGGAUCCUCCUCAUCUUCGACUUCUUCAACUACGGAUACACAUCCUACGCCUACGGAGACACUUCCACCUACACGUCCUACGGCAGGAGUCUGGUCACUUCCGCAGCGAAAGUGUGGGACCAGCGCGAUCAGCUGGGAUUCAGCAAUCACGUUCGUGGAGGUCGUGGCCUGGAUUCUAUGACUAAAAUCCUGGACGACAUCGCUGACGCCAUCCUCAAGUACGAAGAAGUGGAGAAUAACAAAGUUGGACAAUCCAGGGAAAGCAAGGUCCUUCAGUAAUAUUCUAAAGUCAUCCAUAAAAUUUCUUAAAGAAAACUGAAUGCGUGAAAGAAUGUAAAGGGCCGACUCGGGUAUUUUUUGAAAAAUAACUUCAAAUGACUUUGUGAGAUUUAUGAGAAGUUUCAUGGGCUAUAUUUUGCUGGUCAAAGAUGCUUAUGAUGGAGAUGUAUUCCAAGGUCAUCUGCAGUUGCUCUGUAUUUAUUAUUUACUGAUGUAAGUCGUUUGUUAUACAAUUAAACUAAAAACAUUUG